UCAAAUAGAGGUGAUGCAUUCCAAGGAGAAGGUCCUAAUGUUAUGUCAUCUUCAUCACUCCAAGAUGAGUCAUUGCCAUCUCCUGGUAUGAAUUCAUUCGAUCUAAAUACAAAUAGUGAAGAUGCUAGUUUUAACUCAUCUCAGAGGCCAAUGGGUGUGAAAAAAGCAAAGAGAAAACAACAAUCUGAGGAACAAUUUAAACAACUCAUGGAGCAAAAUGAUAAGCUUAUCAAAGCUAUUACUAAAGGUACUGCUGAAAGAAAUGAAAUUCAAAGACAGAAGGUUGAGGUACAACGAAUGAAACAAGAGAAUAAAAUACUAUUCACAGAUUUGAGUACUGUAACUGAUCCAGCAUGUCGUGCAUACAUUGAAAACGAAAGAGCAAUAAUUUUGAGAAGAAGAGCAGCAACAAACCAAAAUGAAGAACACGGAGAAGGUUCUCAAAGCCAGUAUUUUGGAUCCCAAUAUCGAGCAUCCCAAAAUCAAGAAGAUUUAGUUCAAGGAGAACAUGUUCAAGGACAACAAUCUCAAGGUGAAGACCAACCAAAUUUUAGUCAGUACUAUGAUUAUCUUAGUGGAAAUAAUUUUCCUGGAAAUUAGAUUGUUGUU